AUGAACAAAGCGUUGGACAGUGAUCACCCUAAUCAGGCCGUUGCUGAUGUAGGUCUUAUCGGUCUUGCUGUGAUGGGUCAGAACCUUGUUCUGAACAUGGCAGAUCACGGGUUCAAAGUGGCCGUUUUCAAUCGCACGGUGUCCAAGGUUCAAGAGUUUCUGGAAACCGUUGCGAAGGACCGAGAAACGAUUUUUGGUGCCCGAACGAUACAAGAGUUUUGUGCACUCAUUAAGAAGCCCCGCAAGGUGAUCUUGCUUGUCAGAGCAGGUCCCGCUGUCGACGACUUUAUCGAGAAGCUCCAGCCACACUUGGAUCCCGGCGACGUCAUCGUUGACGGUGGCAACUCAUACUACCAGGAUAGCACCCGGCGGAUGAAGCACUGCGCCGAACACGGGCUGCUAUUUGUGGGGUGUGGUGUAUCGGGCGGCGAAGAGGGCGCUCGCUAUGGUCCGUCACUCAUGCCUGGCGGAACGGAAGCGGCCUGGCCGCUCUUGCGCCCGGUGCUCCAGGCGAUAGCGGCCAGAGCGGAUGGCGAGCCAUGCUGUGACUGGGUCGGCUCUGGCGGCGCUGGUCACUUUGUUAAGAUGGUCCAUAACGGCAUCGAAUACGGCGAUAUGCAGUUGAUCAGCGAAGUAUAUGAUGUCAUGCGGCGGGGUCUCGGCCUCAGUGUCGAGGAGUGCGGAGACAUUUUCGCCGCAUGGAAUGAAACGGAGCUAUGUUCGUAUCUGAUCGAGAUAACGGCCAACAUCCUCAAGUACAAGGACGAUGAAACCGGUAAGCCGCUGGUAUCGCUUAUACUCGACAAGGCAGAGCAGAAAGGCACCGGUCGAUGGACAGUCGAGUCGUCCCUGGAGCACAGCGUUCCUGUGACACUAAUUGCGGAAGCUGUAUUCUCGCGGAUGCUCUCCUCUCGUAAGGCAGAACGCGUGCGGGCAAGCAAGGUGCUGCAGGGGCCGCCGGCGCAGCCGCCCCUGAAUGAGCAGGAUCGCCAGAACAUGAUCGAGAAGCUGCGGCUCGCGCUCUACGCGAGCAAAAUCGUUUCCUACGCCCAAGGUUAUAUGCUGAUGAAAGAGGCCGCCGCAGCCGAAGACUGGAAUCUCAACUAUGGAGGCAUUGCCCUCAUGUGGCGAGGGGGUUGCAUCAUUCGCAGUCGCUUUUUGGGCAAAAUUCGUGAAGCUUACCAAGAUGAGCCGAAUUUGGAAAAUUUGCUAUUGUAUCGCUUCUUUCGCGAUGCCCUACUUGCUGCGCAGCAGAGCUGGCGCGACGCUGUGGUGUUUGCUGUGAGUCGCGGCAUCACGUGUCCGGCAAUAAGCACUGCGCUCGCAUUUUACGAUGGAUACCGAGCGGAAACCCUGCCGGCGAGCUUGUUGCAAGCACAGCGGGACUAUUUCGGUGCGCACACUUACGAGAGAAUUGAUAAGCCGGAGAAUCAGUACUUCCAUACCAACUGGACGGGAACUGGGGGCACCACCACGUCCAAUGCAUACUCUGCUUAA